GCAGGGCUUCUCCUUCCUGCCGGGGCGCGUUUGAACGUGUGAGGGCCGGGCGAGUGCUCUCCUCCCUGGGAAGGCUCCUUGGUAGCACCUUCCUUACUCGCUCGCUCCCGGGGCGGGGAGACGCCUCAGGUGCGCCGUGCCCGCGGUCUGUGCCCUCAGCCGCCUGCGCCUCAAGGUAGAUGCCAGUUUGCAAUGGGUCUUAAAACCUUCUGGAAGGACAACAAAGUUCUGAUUGUUAUGGGAGCUAGCCUGGGGCUAGUACACUGGGGCUGGUAUUACUUGAAGUCCAGUCCUAUUUUCCAAGUGAAGACAGAGGAUUUUUCUCCAGACCGUGAGAUUCUGGCAUUCAUGAUGCAAACUGCUCGCAAAAGUAAAGAAAAAUAGCAUUAGUACUUUGAUUUUUGGGUAUAACUGAGCUUGAAGGUUUUCAUCUGUGCCUGUUGCCAGAAAAGAUGAAGAAAACUUCCUGGGGUAGAAAGAACUUUCUGCUUGUAGCAGGACUGUCACUUAUAGGUGUUCAUAUAGGAAGCAUGCUUGUAAACUUUGUUGCGAAAAAGUCUGCUCUAUCUCAUUCAGAAGC